GGGCUAGCUUGAUCGAAUUCGCUUUGAAACGACAGCUGCGACGUAACCGACUCGCUUUGCCCGCUGACGUCCGAUUGCUCUAGACUAUGUACAGCCUUACAGCUAACAGCUACUUGUCUUUUUUUUACCUUUAAGCUGCAGCCUAACCUACAACUUUCAUCACCUGGAUUUAUAAAGAAAGAGAUGCCGUAAGAUCUGGAAUGCUUACCACUCUCGGACUUAUCUACUGAAGUUUCUACAAGUUUGUGCGGUCAUCGUACAUAUCUACUAAACAAGAACACCCAAUACACUCAAUCAACCUCUAACGACCGCCUCUUAAUCGUAAUACCGUAACGAUGGAUAUGCGAAACAACCUCUUUGGAAGAGGACCCCGCAGCGGAUUGCCCGGGCGUCAGGUCCAACAAGACCAAGGCGGCUACAACCAAGUGCCCCAAAGCCGGCCAACGCGCGACUACUCCGGCCCUCCUGAAUACGAUCCUCGGGGCGCCUACGGUGCGCCGUCGCCAGGAUACGGCGGGGGCAACAUGCCGCCCCAACCGAGGAACACGCGACCCAGCGCUCCUCCUGCCGGCCGGCCGGUACAACUCAGACUAGCGAAAUUAGAGAAGGGCGACAUGGCUCAGCAAUACAUCUUCAGCAACCUCUGCGCCGUCUCCCCACAAGACUUCCCUCCUGAUCCGUAUGGCAAGGACUUGCAUAUCAUGUUGAAUGGAAACUUCGUCGUGACUGCUCGCCCGACCGAAUAUAUCCCACCCGGAUGCAUAAGUCUGUCCGAUCCGCAGCGAACAUGGUGCGGUAUCAGCAUGACGGACGUCGUCAUUGGUGAGAGAUACGACCAUAAAGUUCCUCUCGGUGCCAUGGAUAUUGAAGUCGGUUUUGCGUCCCAGCGGAAGACGACGGAUGUACCAUAUGACCAGGACGAGCUUGCAGACAACUUUACCAAAAUGUUCCAGGGCCAGAUAUUCGCCCCUGGCCAACGGUUGUUAAUGGAUUACAGGGGAAUACCAUUGAUGUUUGUCGUUAAGACGGUUCAGCUCCUUGAACUGCUCGGCGGCGAGAAAGGCGAGACUGGCGAAUCUUCAUCAAGACCUGAUACCCGGGGUUUGUUGGUAGCGGAGACGUCUGAAAUCAACUUCUUCAAAGAUGCUAAGAAUCCCAUCAAGCUAAAGGGCUCGACGAAACGACCCGCCACCAACGCUAUCCUUCGACCGGACUUCAAGUUCGCCGACAUGGGCAUUGGUGGUCUAGACGAGGAAUUCAGCACGAUUUUCAGACGUGCUUUCGCAUCUCGAGUUUUCCCUCCGGGUCUGGUUGAGCAGAUGGGCAUCUCCCACGUAAAGGGUGUCCUGCUCUACGGCCCACCAGGGACGGGUAAAACGCUGAUUGCCAGGCAGAUCGGCAAGAUGCUCAAUGCCAGAGAGCCGAAGAUUAUCAACGGUCCGGAAAUCCUUAAUAAAUACGUAGGUCAGUCCGAAGAAAACGUCAGAAAGAUGUUUGCGGAUGCGGAGAAAGAAUACAAGGAGAAGGGCGAGGAGAGUGGCUUGCAUAUUAUUAUUUUCGACGAGUUGGAUGCCGUCUGCAAGCAGAGGGGCAGCGGAACUGGCGGUACUGGCGUCGGCGACAGCGUUGUCAAUCAGCUUCUGUCGAAGCUUGACGGCGUGGAUCAGCUUAACAAUAUCUUGCUUAUUGGUAUGACUAACCGGAAGGACAUGAUCGAUGAUGCGCUGUUGCGACCGGGGCGUCUCGAGGUGCAUGUGGAAAUCUCAUUGCCUGACGAACAUGGCCGAGUACAGAUUCUAAACAUUCACACUUCCAAAAUCAGAGCUAUUAACAAACUAGGUAACGAUGUCAGCUUGGAUGAACUCGCUCAUUUGACCAAAAACUACUCGGGUGCAGAGAUUGCUGGUCUCGUCAAAGCGGCCCUUUCCUAUGCCUUUACCAGGCAUACGAGGGUCGGAGAUGUCACCGGCGUUAGCGGCAACCCUCAAGACGUUAUGUUGACACGGGCCGAUUUUGUGCGAGCGUUAGAGGACGUCAAACCAGCCUUUGGUGUCUCUGAGGAAGAACUGAGCGGCGCCGCCCCGUACGGAAUCAUCGACUACAGUCCACACAUUCAAUCAAUCUUGUCCACUGGUCUGAGCUUCGUCCAAGCAGUCCGAACAUCCGAGAAGUCCCCUCUAUUCUCCGUCUUAGUCCAUGGGCCACAUGGAGCUGGAAAGACGGCACUGGCUGCAGAGAUCGGUCUGAAGUCAGAGUUCCCGUUUGUUAAACUAGUUAGGCCGAUUGACGUUGGAACCAACGAAGCUGCCAAGCUUGAGCACCUGCGACGCACGUUCUCUGAUGCGUAUAAAUCAGCCCUCUCUAUCGUAAUUCUAGACAGUGUGGAGAAGAUCAUCGACUGGAACCCGAUUGGCCCGAGGUUUUCUAACGCCGUCGUGCAGUACUUGGGCGCUGUGCUCGAGACCCGCCCACCCAAGGGCCGCAGACUUCUCAUCAUAGCGACGACGAGCCAACGAUCUAUGCUCGACCAGCACGGCGUGUUUGCGUGGGACAGAGAAAUUGCGGUCCCAGCAGUCAAGGACCACCGGGAAUUGCAAGCCCUCCUAGCCGCCUCGGGCAAGUUCAACGGGCCUGUCGACAUCAACGAAGCACUAAACGAGCUGCAAACUCUGACGGGCGGACAGGAGGUCGGUAUUGGUGUUAAGGCGGUGUUCUCGGCGCUUGAGACGGCUGCCGUGAGGGAUCCGCUGCCGAUAAGUCUGGCGGAGGAUAUCAGCGCUAUCAUGGCCGCGCGGAAUCCCCAGGGGUACUAGGAGGUGCUAGAAGGCAUGCUCUCAACGGCGUCGUUAGAUUCACGGAGUAGAGUUAACAUCAAUGUCGAUGUGAUGUAAUUGCAGAUUUGGUCUGCUCGAUAGAAUAUAGAUAACAUAGAAUAUCUAUGUAUGGUACCUCGGCAAUUAGGUACAUUGCCCAUCAUCCGAAGGAACAAUUCCAGGCAAUGAUUUAUUUUGCCAAUGAUUCUUCUCCGG